AUGUUUCCAGGUCGUGGGCUUCAAAGAAGUUCAUUGAGGUUAUUUUUGAUGAAUGAUUCGGAAGGGGGAGCACAGAAGAAAGAUCAUUUUAUGGUUUCUUUAGAGUUGCAAAUCGAUGCAGGUAAAAUGUCUCCGUACAUCUCAAAAGUUUCUAGUAGUACCCCUACUGGAUACACGAAUAAUGUACAUUUCAUGAACUUAAGUAUUAUUAUUGCUGUGAUUUAUGCUGCAAUGCUCUUCUUUGGCAUAAUGUUGCGGCAUCUGUUAUAUUCCCUACGUCCUCUUUGUGUACUUUCGCUGCAAUUGAUUAUAGAGUUGGACAGGCUUUCCUUUAGUAAUGAGAGGAAUUUAUGAUUUACGAGAAGGAUUAUGCCGUUGGACUAUCUCUUUUGCAUAAUAAGAGGAAACUAAUGAUAUCA